AUGCUGUCACAAGUGGCUGAGGCUGUCCUGACCGGGAGUCCUCUUCCGGAGGGUGGAGACUGGGGGCCUUAUACUACAAGGACCAAUGAACUUAGUCUGCACGAAGGAUGCCUCUUGUGGGGAGCCCGUAUCAUCGUUCCGAAGUCCCUGCAAUCCCAAGUCCUAAAGCUGUUGCAUGCUGGCCACCCUGGAAUUGAGAAAUCAAAGAUGAUUGCUAGGUCCCAUGUGUGGUGGCCUGGAAUCGAUAAUGACAUGACAAACCAGGUGCGGAGCUGCCCUGUUUGCCAAGCGCACCAGAAGUCUGCCCGGAGGAUACCAAUUAUGCCAUGGCCAUUUCCUGACAAGCCCUGGUCCAGGAUCCAUGUUGAUUCUGGAGGUCCAUUCAUGGGACACUACUUCCUUGUGAUGGUGGAUGCUUUUUCCAAAUGGGUGGACGUUCACCCUGUUCCAUCACCAUCUGCAGAGGCCACAAUCUCUGUGUUCAGGACUGUCUUUGCUCAGCAUGGUCUGCCAGACGUCAUUGUUUCAGACAUUGGGCCAGCAUUCACCAGCAUCCAGUACGCCGACUUCCUGAACAGGAAUGGCAUCCGUCGCAUGCUGGUGCCUCCUUAUCACCCUGCUUCCAAUGGUGCUGCAGAGCGGGUCGUGCAGACCAUCAAAGAUAAAUUAAAGAAAAGCACACCGGGUGAAUUCAGGACGCAAGUGGCCAGGGUGCUCUUUCACUACCGUUCAACACCUCAUCAAGUAACAGGCCGUGCGCCGUGUGAGUUGCUCAUGGGGAGACGCAUAAAGACACCCUUGGAUGUCAUGUGCCCAAGUCUUUGA